AUGCGACUCUUCGCACAUUUCACGAUCAUUGGGGUGGCGGCUAGCCAGCUCGUUGGAACAGUUGGGCCUCCCACACCACUCGACGAAAAGACUGUUGAGUGCAAUGUCUUGAACUAUGGUGCGGUGGCAGAUAACUCUACCGAUAUAUCUUUUGCAGUUGAGAAAGCCUUCACAGAAUGCGUCCUCCAAAGCCCCGGGAGCCGGUUGAUUAUUCCAAAGGGCGAAUAUCUUCUUUCCAGAAGUGUUGUUCUUAGUAAUGCAACCAAUUGGGCAUUUCAGUUGGACGGCUUGAUUACGGCAGCAUAUGAUGGGAAUUGGACCGUUGAUCGCGAUCUGAUCCUCCAGGGGUUUGCCGGUAGCGAUUUGAUCAAUUCGACGAUUAAUGGGGAGGGGGAUGGGAAGUUCUUGCUGGAUGUUCUCGUGAUUGUCAAUGCCGUCGACUUCGAAUUCUACUCAUUAACCGGAACUGGCGCUAUCCAAGGACAGGGAUAUCUCUAUCGAAAUGCCAACAACACUGAGCGCCCGCGUCUAGUUAGGCUAAUUUCACCAACCAACGCUUCAGUCCACGACUUAAUCUUGGUCGACAGCCCGAAAUUCCACAUUGUGCUUGAUUUCAUGUUGAACGUCGAAGUAUACCACUUGACAAUACGCGGGGCAAACUUGGGUAGCUACGAUGGCAUAGACGCGAUUGGAAAUAAUUACUACAUUCACGAUAAUGAGGUAACUAAUCGAGAUGAGUGUGUCUCGGUUAAAAGCCCAUCGCACUUUGUCCUGAUAGAGAAUCUUGUCUGUAACCAGGCAGGAUCAGGAGUCUCUAUUGGGAGUUUGAAUGUAUCCGCAGAGAUAUCCAAUAUCGAAGCCCGGAACAUUAGCAUUAUUCAAGGAAACAACAUAGCCUUCAUAAAGACAUACCCCGGAGGCUCAGGCUACGUGACAAACAUCACGUUCUCCAACUUUCGCUCUCUUUCCAGUCUCUAUGGCCUUAAUAUCAAUCAGUACUGGCAGAAUACCUUCACGCCAGAUACUGGCUCCGUUUCACUGAGUAACCUUGCUUUCCGCAACUUUUCAGGCUCUGUUGCUGAUGGCACAACGAGAGGACCGCUCAAUCUGAUCGGUAACGAUCUGACUUUUGUCACAAAUGUUUCUAUCGAGGACUUCACUGUCUGGACCGAUACUGGGGAUCGAAUCGUGAAUAAAAUUAACAAUAUUUUUGGGUCUGGCGAUGAUAGCUAUGGUACGAACGAUGGUAUCAAAACACUAAGGGCUUCUGAGUUGCCGUACACUUACACCAGCUCUUAUACUGUUACGGCUACCCCCAGUGAUUGGUAUGCACCGAGCACGCCAACGUGGGCUGCGCCAAGCACUGGCUAUGGCACCUCGACUCCCAUUCCUGUUUAUUCUCCUGCUCCGCUUUGGCGUCCGGGCUCUGUCGACUACAAUCUCCAUUAUUGGGGAAGCUUUUAG